UGCUUGGAAGCUAUUCUUUCAGCCACAAAGAUGGUAGUAAAUCUUUGCCUUCCACAGUUCAGACCAAGAAUUCACUGCAACAAGAUAUCAGCUGAUGGUUAUGAAGUAGACAAUCUCAUCUCUGAAGACCUCACAAAGAGAAGUCGUGGCUUUAGGACAGAGUAUUUCAUUAAGCCACCAGUCUAUGUGACAGUUUCUUUUCCCUUUAAUGUGGAAAUCUGUAGGAUUAACAUAGACCUCACAGCUUGGGGAGGCCACAAUGUCACUGGCCUGGAAAUGUACACGUCUGCCUUAUCCAGCACAUCUUGGAGCCCCCCUGAGUGCCAGACCCCAGGCCCAGCUGAGCCAUCCAUCCCUGACAAAGAGGCAUUCACCUUGGUAGGCAAAGUCUUGUUGAAAAAUCAAAACCAAGUGAUGUUUAGCCACCGGGGCUUCAAGGCCAGGCCACCUUUUGGCCCGAUGGAAGCCACACUCCCCUCUCCUGCUAUUGUGGCCCAAGAGCUCUGGAAUAAAGGGGCUCUUUCCCUGAGCCAUGUGGCCCAUCUCAAGAUCUGUAUCACCCAUGUGACAGGCAGCGGUAUUCCGUGCAUCAAGCGAUUGGAAGUGUGGGGUCAGCCGGCCAAAACUUGCUCCCAAGAGGUAAUAGAAAGUGUCUUGCUGGUUGCUUCAGAGAGCCUCCCUCCAGGCUUGGCUCUACAGGCCCCAGCAUUGCCCAUGGAGAGUGACUGUGACCCUGGUGGCCAGUCUGAGGGCCACCAGGCCUUGUCAAGCCUGCAGAAGCUGGCUGAGGUAAUUCGGGAUGUGCCUGAGGAGUUCUUGGACCCCAUCACCCUGGAAAUCAUGCCUUGUCCUGUGCUGCUACCCUCAGGCAAGGUCAUCGAUCAGAGCACACUGGAGAAGUGUAACCGCAGUGAAGCUGCAUGGGGCCGGGUGCCCAGCGACCCUUUCACGGGGGUAGCCUUUACUCCACACGCGCAGCCCCUGCCUCACCCGUCCCUAAAGGCCCGGAUUGACCAUUUCCUGCUCCAGCAUUCUGUCCCUGGCUGCCACCUGCUUGGGAGAGCACAGACUGCAGUGGCAUUGGCCCCUUCUUCCAUUGUUCUGCCUUCUCGAAAAAGGAAGAUGGAGCAGGCUGAACAGGCCCUGGACAGUAGCCUUGGCAUACAUGCUUCCUGCUUUUCUAACACAAGCCCUCUGAUCUCACCGACUACCUCAGAGCACACCGCUAAGAAAGUGAGAGCUACCAGUGAGCUUGGCCUGACGCACAUGGACUGUUCAACAGGUCCAGUAUCCCAUGAGCAGAAGCUGUCACAAAGCUUGGAAAUUGCCUUGACGUCGACCCUUGGCUCCAUGCCAUCUUUCACAGCUCGGAUGACCAGGGGACAGCUCCAGCACCUUGGCACAAGAGGGAGCAACUCUUCCUGGAGGCCAGGUGCCAGCUUGGAGCAGCCUGGGAGCAGCCAGGGCCCUGAGUGCUCCACCUGCCAAAGAGUAUUCUCGCCCUACUUCAAGAAGGAGCCUGUAUACCAGCUUCCCUGUGGCCACCUCCUGUGCCGCCCCUGCCUGAGUGAGAAGCAGCGGUCCUUGCCCAUGAUGUGCACAGCCUGCCAGCAGCCAGUCGCCAGCCAAGACGUGCUGCGGGUCCACUUCUGAGGGGCCCAUCUCCA